GCGGGCGAGCGGGAGGGGGAUGUGGUGCUGCGGCGGCCGCCACCGCAGCUGCCGCUGCCUGCUCGCGGCUGGGUGUCCCGGAGGCGGCUGCAGGGAGCCGCGGGAGCAGCUGCGGUGCUCUGCCAUAUUGUGUCUGGCCCGGCCCGGGCCCGGCCCUUGCUUCCCCUUCGCGGCGGGCGGAGCUGACGAACUAUAUGAGUAAAUGGGUCCAGUAAUUGGAAUGACUCCAGAUAAGAGAGCUGAGACUCCGGGAGCUGAGAAGGUUGCAGGACUAAGUCAGAUUUACAAAAUGGGAAGCUUGCCUGAAGGUGGGGAUGCUGCAAGGCCAAAGGCCACCCUAGUGGGCAGUGACUCAGCAGAUGAUGAACUAACAAAUUUGAACUGGCUUCAUGAAAGCAGUAAUCUUCUGACAAACUUCAGGCUUGGAAGUGAAGGUCUUCCAAUGGUUAGUCCGUUGUAUGACAUAGAGGGAGAUGAUAUUCCUGCCUUUGGACCAUCCUGCUACCAGAACCCAGAAAAAAAGUCAGCAACUUCAAAGCCCCCAUACUCCUUUAGUCUCCUCAUUUAUAUGGCUAUUGAACACUCUCCAAAUAAAUGUUUGCCUGUCAAAGAAAUUUAUAGCUGGAUUCUGGACCGCUUCCCAUAUUUUGCCACCGCACCCACCGGCUGGAAGAAUUCUGUUCGGCAUAAUCUAUCCCUGAAUAAAUGUUUUCAGAAAGUCGAAAGGAGCCAUGGCAAGGUUAAUGGAAAGGGGUCCUUAUGGUGUGUUGAUCCAGAAUAUAAGCCUAACCUUAUGCAGGCCUUGAAGAAGCAACCUUCCUCUCCACAAAGUGGUUCUUUAUCGCCGCACUACCUGAGCUCUGUUCUCAAGCAAAGUCAAGUGCAAACUCUGAAAGAAUCUGAUAUUGAUGCUGCCACUGCAAUGAUACUUUUAAAUACUUCAAUAGAGCAAGAGAUUUUAGAAUGCGAGAAGCCUCUGCCUCUUAAACCAUCACUGCAGAAGAAAAGGGGUUACAGCAGUGCGUUCAGUGCCCCUGGUGCUGUGCGGCUGCAGGAGAGCCAUUCUCCCGUGGCCAGCAUCGAUCCCAAAGCAGACCACAAUUACAGUGCCAGCAGCAUGGCAGCUCAGCGCUGUGCAUCCAGGGCCAGCGUGUCUUCCCUCUCGUCUGUGGAUGAGGUGUAUGAAUUCAUCCCAAAUAGCAGCCAUGGGGGAAGUGAUGGCAGCGAGGGCUUCCACAGCGAAGAAGACACAGAUGCUGAUGAGGAGGAUGAUCCUCUUGGAGACAGUGGCUAUGCACCACAAGCUCAUGAAGACAGCGCUCUGAAAGGACAGUCAGGCAAAAAGAGGCGAAAACAGUCAUGUCAAGAAAUUGAUGAGGAACUCAAAGAAGCAGCUGGGUCGCUUCUCCACCUUGCUGGAAUCCGUACUUGCCUUGGUUCCCUUAUAAGUACUGCAAAGGCACAAAGUCAAAAACACCGGAAGAAGUAGAAAUACUUACUAGUGUGGAGUAUCUUUAAAGUGUGGCAAUACUCUUCUACUUAACUCUUUACAAGGGAUGUCAGAGCCAUAGAGGACCUCUUUAGCUUGACGGUGGGUGGGGGAGGAGUGCCACUUGUUUCCUCCUAAAUAAUUGUUGGUUGCUUUUCUCUUCUGUUUUUGUUUUGUUAAACAGUUGUUCUUAGGAUCAUGCCUAAUUGUAAAUCUGAUACAAAGGCCCCAAGACAUAAUUUCUGUGAAUAAGUGUCUCUCAGAUUUGGAAACUUUUGUAUAAGAAAAUUCUCAGCCUCUGUCUUAAACUUGUAGGGGGAAAAAAUAUCAAACUCUUGGUAAUUUUGUGAAAAAUAUGAGAAUUGGUAACUCAGUAUUUUCAUUUUUCUCCCCAUUCGGUAAUUACCUGUUGUCACUCAUGUAGCUAAGCAUAAGCUGGCAUCUUUCUCAUGUGCCCCCUCCUGAGUCAAUCCAGAGGUGAAUUUUGCAUCUUUUGUCUUAUUCUUGUUUUCAAUUAUUCUUUGUUGCAGCGUGAGCUUGGCCAAAUAUAAAUAAAUGGGAAAGUUGCCUAGAAGGUUCUCUGGUUUGUAGAGAAUACAGCUCUAAGGUUUAGGAAAGGCCAUUUGGGUGUGUGGCUCAUCUCAAGUCUCCAAUUCCUGUUGUAAUAGUAUCUUUGAAAUGUCCUUACCUCACAGUCAAUGUAUAGCGUCACUGGGGCCUUUACCCUUUUCCAGCGUACUUUGCAACUGUUGUUUUAAGUUUUAGCUGCUAGCUGUCUUUGUUAAGUAAAAAUCCAGCAGGAGGAUACAGCCAGUGUGUCAUGGGAUAGCAGUCGUCUUUACACAUUUUUACAGAAAGAGGAUCUUGUAUUUGUUUUCUAAACAUAGUAUAGAUUAUGACAUAAGUAGGUCAUUGAGUACAAAACUUUCCAAGCUUUGUAUAAAUUAAAAUUAUAUGUGUAAUAAAUUAGAUUUAAAACAUUUGAUAGGAAACUGUAGAGAUCAAUAUCUUCAGGGAUUUCAAAAUAUGUGUAAAAAUGAGAUCUUACACAAAUCUUUUUGAGAGGCAUUGUAAUACCUAUAUGUGCCAUUAAUCCAUGCUAAAAGAUUUUAUAUUACUAUUCCAAAAGUGCAUUGGCUAAGAUAUUUUAAGUAUUUAAACAAAACUGCUUAUAUGACACAGUUUUCAUAUCAAUUUGACUGUCGUAUUCGGAACAGAAGUACUAAUACUGUAACUCACAAAUAUAUUUUUUUACAGUGGUGGGAGAAACUUUGGGAAAGUUUAGUCUCAUUUCAUGAUACAUCCUGUAUCCUAGACAGUAACCUUCUUUGCAUUUUUCUAAUUUAUAUGCAUAUAUACACUUGCUGUAUGCACACAUACACAGGCUCAGGUCAGUUUCCUGAUUUCAAAUGCUUUAUGACUAUAAAGCAGUUUCUUGGAUUUUCUUUCUUUCUUUUUUUUUUUUUUAAGAGACAAAUGUUUUAAUUUUUACUUUUAAUUUUAUUUGGGCAAAACUGUCAAAUGAGAAGAAAAAAUAAAACAUGUUUCAUAAUUGACCACACUUUAAGCUAUAACAGCAUUGAUAUACUUCUGUUUCCCUAUUAGUUGUAAUUAAAUCUGGAUAGCCGCAUUAAUGGUAUGGGUGCUACUAAAAUAUUGACACUUUUCUUUUAAUGAUAAUGCAAGAUGAGGAAUUUGAAAUUUUUCUAACUCAUAAAUAUUAUCUCUCCAAAAAACAGCCAAAUGAAGUUAGUCUUUUACUGCAGUGACUAAAACACCAAAUAAAAGUAUGGUUUUACCAUGGUGUAAAUCAUAAAGAGAUUACAAAGCUCAGUUGAAUAGCACAGUAUUUUGAAGCUAAUCACCAUGGCCUUGCCCAGUAUCCAGUAUUGGGUCAUUGCAUUCUGCUCUGAAAUUUUCUACCACAAGUGUUUCUCUAAGUCCCUGUCUAUUGGCUGUUCUGUAAGUGGAGGCAAUGAUCUGAAGUAGGAGGAAAGAGUUGUUCUUAGCUCUAAGAGACCUCUUCGGAUGCCUAUUAGGCAGUAACAUAAAGUCUUUUCUUUCCCUCUUGAGUGGACUAUUAUUUAAAGCUGUAGCCAUUAGCAAGGAUGAUACCUGGCCUGUGUGCCAACAACAGAGUUUCCUAACAUUUGGCAUUUAGUUCUUGUAUGGAAUUUGGUGUCUCGCUUUCCAUGUGCUCUUGUGUCUGGGCAUCCAUCUCAAGGGGAGAGAGCCUUCUUCAUUCUGGACCCUUGCAAUGUACUUGGGGACCAUGCUCCUGCUUGAAGUGCUCAGAUGGGAGAUGUAGCUGGAAGCUAUCAGGACAGGAAGUCCUUCCGAACCUCAUGAGCUGGAAAUUCCCAAUAAUUAAACACACUUCAUGUAAUAAACAUGACCUAGAAACCCAGGGACAGCAUAUAUGUUUCAGCAUAUUAAACUUGUUUUAGCUAAGGUAUAUACUUUAUUACUUCAAAAUAAGUAUUUUGUUGCAACCUGUUCCAGUUUUAAUGGGUCCCCUGUAAAAGCUGUGUCUUGGCACUAUUAUCUUUAUUUUCCACAUCGCCAAGAGAAUCAGUGUUCCUUGAAUACAUCUCUGAAAUUUGUGCAAUAUAUUACUAAAUUAGUUGACCUUUUGCUUUUUAAUGCAGGAUGAAAACAUUGCCUAGAUCAGUAGAAAAGCAAGGGGCAUGUCACUCCCUUCCCAUCUGGGACCCUUGCCUGUUCUCAGAGCCAGCAUGACUUCUCCUAGGUUCCUUUGUAUAUUGUAAAGUUCAAUACAUGUAUUUUUCCCCCACUGUUUUCUAAGGCAUUUGUAAAGGGUUCAUAUUAGAUGGUCAGUUAAACACGCAUUAGCACAGUUCUAAGCUAGAGCAGGUGUUAAGGGAAUUGUUGUGUCUUUGUAGACUGGGAGACCUUUCAUAACAACUCAGACGACAGGUGGGAGUGCUCCAUGGAGCCUCAAGACUAUUAGCCAAAAUCAAAGACUCUACUUAACACUUUGAAAACUAGCAUUUUUCUAAAGCAAAUUCUGAGGCUUUCCGGUUUACAUACAUGUCAUAGAAUUUUGGUUUGUUUUUUUUUUUUUUUCUUUGAAAUGUGUAAGUUUUGAUUAGUUUAGUCCAAUGUGUUAAUGAUGUAGUCAAAUAUUUAUUGAAAGGCAAAAUAGAGUAUUUUAAUGUUAUACCUGCCAUUUUGCAAGAACAUUCUUUGCAUCUAACUGCCAGUGCCAUUGUCAAACUUGUUUUCAAAAUUGUACUUUUUUAUUAAACAAAGUGCUUAAUUUAAAAAGUAUUAUGUGGCCACCAUAUUGUGUAUAAAAUGUAUAAUUGCCAAUUCAUUGUAACUUAUUUAUUUUUAAACAAAGGUAUAAGAAUACUUUUUGAUUAAAGAAAAUUUGUUAUUAAAUUGCUUCCUUUUUUCUGAUGUAGCAUAAAAACCUCUGAGUUUAACUGCCAAUAGAUGACCAGCCACAAGUGAACCAUUUCUCAGUUGCCAGUCUUUGCUCUUAGCAAACAACUUACAAAUGUUUAGUUUUUUGUAUCUAAUCUCUGAUUAUUAAAAUGUUUAUAAAGUUUAUUUUUACCAAAGAGAUGCAAUUCAUUAUGAUAAAGUUGCAGAGUAAAUGCCAUUUUGUAACAUU